UCGGCUCAUCUCUAGCCCCCUACAUCCACAAUAUAUAAACAGAAACAGCUGUUUAAGUUGCUCGAAUUUUUUAUGUAAUUAAAAUGGGCAAGAAAGACGAAAAUUCUGACACAAAAUAUGAGCAAAAACAAACAGCGUUGGCUGAUGUGUGGGCGAUCCGACCCUGUCAUCUGUACAAGGAUGAGUACGACGACUGCACGAGUUUCAAAGCACGAUUCCAUCAAUACUUUAUAUUUGGCCAGGACACCGAUUGCUCCCAGUGGCUGACAGACUACAAAAACUGCGAACGCUAUCAUCAAUCGAAUGGUAACGAUGUGUGUGCCGGUGCCGCUGUCAUCAAAAGCGAGGAGGAACGCCGCCAUAUCCGACUGCGGGCGCACUUUGCCAACAACACUUGGGAGAAACGCAAGCAGCCGCCAGCAGAUUGGGCAAAGCCUCUGCCAGAAUGGCUGGCAAAGCGCAACGAAAACACGUAUCUGGAGGUGAAACAAAGAGAGCUGUCCGGGCUCAGUGUGCCGCAGGAUGAGAAGGGUUCGCUGUGUGCAAUCAUGUGAAAAUAAA